CAUUUGCUAAAACCUCGACUGCGGGAGGUUUCCUCUUUUCUUCUAGUUCGUGAAAAAGAGUCGCCGUCGCCGCUUCACCGUUGAAUCUCAAAAUGGCUCAUUUCGCGCAAAGCCGAAACGUGAUCCGGCAUGUAGUAUCCAGAGGCACAGCUCUCCACAAAUACGAGAACGCGAUCCACCAUCCUCUCCUUUUCGCCUGUCAAGGAGUUCGAUACAGAAAACUGGAAGUCAUCCUCACCACGGGCAUAGAGAAGCUUGGGAAAGCAGGUGAGACGGUGAAGGUAGCUCCUGGUUACUUCAGGAAUCACCUUAUGCCUAAACUCCUUGCUGUCCCCAACAUUGACAAGUAUGCUCAUCUCAUCCGUGAGCAACGCAAGAUGCGUAACUAUGAAGAAAAGGAAGAGGUUAAGGUGGUUCAUAAGUCUUCUGAAGUCCAGACUAAAGAGUUUGAAAAGGCAGCUAAGCGCCUUGCUAAUGCCAACUUGGUCCUGAGGAAGUUGAUAGACAAGGAGAAGUUCAAAAACCGCUCCUCAAAAGAGGACAAACCGGAUGUGCAAACACCUGUGACAAAGGAAGAGAUUGUCGCUGAGGUGGCGAGGCAGCUGUGUGUGAAGAUUGAUCCGGACAAUGUGGUUCUUACGGAGCCGUUGGCAACUUUUGGCGAGUACGAGGUUCCUUUGAAGUUCCCAAAGACUAUUCCAAUGCCACCAGGAACUGUUCAAUGGAUUCUCAAAGUCAAACUCCGUGGCCAUUAAAAUCUCCUUCCUUCUUAUAUUUUUGUUCUACUUCAAUCUGGUUCAUGUAGCCUUGAAAUUGCAGAUCAGCUGCAUUUGUCUUUUUAUAUGUAAACCGGUUUUAGUUUAAACCAUGAUUCGAAUUUUGUAUGUCCAACUACAAGGAAAUUAAUAAGUUUUUUUUUUUGGGUGAAAAUUAA